AUGUUUUUAAAAUCUUUUUUCUUCGAUUUUAUUAUCCUUGUAUUAUCAUUAACGUUCGUUUAUCCUACCUUGAGUGAAGAAGAUGCUUUAAUUGGGAUAGAUGAUAUCGGUACAUUUUUUUGUCGUGAUGGAAAAGAUCCCAAUCUUUAUUGUUGCCCUCUCCUGUCACACCGACUUUCUUCUCAACGCGAUAAGCAUUGCGUGACAAUCGUCCUCAAUAAUAAGAGUGGCUAUGAUAUUACUCUGGCCGUUGCCAAUCUUGAAAACGGGGAAUGGGUCAAUGGCUAUAAUAUCAGUUGUGAACCACAAACUGGUCCUCUUGCAAAUAAGCAAUCGGAAGCAUUUUCUAGCAUUACUUCUUAUAAGAUGCAAGGUCUUGCCACUUUUAUCGUAGAUGAUGAUAGUUCAAGCACUUUCACCAUCUCCUGGAAGGCACCAAUAGCUCGUUCCGACGACUACUUCUUUUAUUCUUUGUCUGGAAAGAAAUAUAACGUGGAUUUCCAAUUUGGCCUUGAAGAUACAGUUUUACAAGCCACCGUUUAUAAAGCUCCGUUCUACCAAACUAUACCUUUGCCUUCAAUUUGGGUAGUAGCACCUGUUAUGGCAUUUCUUUCUUUCCUGUUCUGUUGCUUAAAUUGUAGUAAAGUGGAUGAUCCAUCCAGAAAUCACUUUAAUUCUAGAGCACAUCAUUCCUAUAACACUGUCUGA